AUGGACCAAUAUGAAUCAUUAUAUCCCCCCACCCCCGAAGUCCCUUCUUCGCUCCGCCUGUUCUUUAAAACCUUUUACAAGAUUUCCGACACGCCUGAGGCACAUGAAAAGUACGUAGAUUGCUUUACGAAAGAUGCCGUGUUAGUAAUGGCAAGUGCCAAGGUGGAAGGGUCUGAUGGAAUCCUCUCCCUCCGCCAGAACAUGUGGUCAGCAGUCUCGUCCCGUUCCCACCACCCGACAAAGAUUUUCCCCUUUGCUCCGGUGUCGGAGUCUGAAGCGGAGGUCAUGCUCUACGGUACUGUAGAGUACGGGUUUAAAGAAGGCGGUAGUGAUGGCAAAGACUGGGCUGCUAGAGCGCUCCUGGUGAAUGGUGGCUCAGAGGGCGGAGUGGGCGGCUUGGGAGGCUGGAGGAUGAAGUUCUAUCAGGUGUAUUUGGAUACAGCUGCAAAAAAAUCAUAG